AUGGCAUCACAAUUUGAUGCUAGCCGAUGGAGGAUUACAAGACAUUCCUUUAUCUGCAGAUGUGUUUCGACGGAGCGCCAGUUUUUGUCAGACUUCGUGGCAGGUGCUGAGAGUACUGCUGGAGGUAGAUUGGCACGAUGGUUGGCACCGACGCCUCGUGUCGAGCCUUCGAAAUGUGACCUUAAAGCUCCAGCUACUGUGGUUCUUCCAUCAACACGAGUUAAUUUACCCGUUGUAGUUCGAGAUCAAUACGGAGAUAUUGUCACUUCACCUGCCGUUAAAAUAGAGGUCAUAGUACAAAACUUGGCCAUGUCCCUACGUAUGUGCCGACCUACGGAAGCCGAGCAGGCGGGUGGAAUACCAAAUGUACGGUAUAGUCCAACAAUAAGAGAAACUAUGCGCUUUCAGACGAUCUCUAUGAUGAAGGCCUACCAAGAUUAUUCUUGGGAAGAACUUCGGUUCGCCAGUGGUUUAUGGGGCGAGGAAAAGUUGAAAGGCAUUGGAAUACUGAACGUCCCUACGGAAAGGAUAACAGUGAGGGCACAUACCGACGGUUCAUAUUCAGCUCUUUGGAUCCCGCGAGCCCCAGGCAAAUACUUAUUUAGAUGCACCCUGGACGACCAACCUUCUCCACAGGAGGUAAUAAUAGAAGUCCCGGAAAAUGAGAACGUGGAAUCAGAUGAUUUAGCGGCCUCCACGGCAAGCGCUCCCAAUAAACUUAAGAAGUUCAUGGCACAAUGCAGUGCUGGUCUCCGUGUUCGUGCAGGUCCCAGCUUACAAGCAGAAGAACUUGGCAGGGUUCCACCUGGUGCAUAUGUCGCUUUUAUCGAGGAGGUGACAAACAAGGAUGGGACGUGGGUACGCUUGAGCAACGACUCUGUACAAGCAUACGUAGAGGGAAAUGUAGAAGUUGCCUGGUGUUUGCAGUAUCACAGGCAGCUCGACCGCGCACUACUUGGACCCGUCGAGGAUGGACCUACCACUCCACCAGAGGAAGGUUUGAGCAGCUGGAGUCGAUUAGAUGCACCAUCAGAAUUAGCAACAUGGCCUAACGAAAGUGAUGCCGCCGAUGGUGACAUAUCAACAGAAGAGAGACCUUUUCCGUUUUCUAUCGGAUGUGAUCUUGGAGAUGACGACGAAAAAUCACAUGUCCCGGAGCCAAGUAAAUUUGAAAGACGAAUGAGGAAUGAAGCAGUCGCAAAGAUGCAGCAGCAAGCUGCGAGAAUUGUACAACCGCCUCAAUUACCUAUAGACCAAUCUCGUCGCAACAACGGAAACGGCGAUGGAGACGACGAAGAUCUACAACAAGCUAUUCGCCCCGUAAUCAAUGAAGUAAACGUCGCAAAUAUUAUUGCUGAUGUGAAAGAUGCAAACAUUAUAAAUGCUGUGGAUGCUGUAGCAGCAGCUCUUGAUGAAAGCGCUAAAGUAGUCAACGAUGCUGGCAGAGAUGAUAUAGUUCAAAAACCGCCAGCUAUGAAACCAGCCGAUAACGCACAAGAAAUCGCGAUUGGAUCAGAUGAUAACGAGGCUAACGCAUUGAAUCCUCGUCCUAAAGAUGUCGAAGUUGAUGAAAACGUAGAUGUUGUUCAAGUAAGACACGCCUUAGAAACUGCAAAUGACAAGCCAGAAGCCAAGAGCGUUAACGAUGAAAAUAAUGAUAAAAUAGAAGAAGAGAAAAAGCUAACACAAGCUGCAACACAAACUUCGCCCGAGACUAGUGUUCAAGGACAAAGUUCCGAUCAACCUAUACCUAGUACAUCAAAGGGUGAAAAAAGAAUUGUAAGGGAACGACUUGGAAGUAUUUCAAGUUAUAAGCAGUCUUCACCACCGCCUUUACCGGCUCGAACUAAGCUAGCACCCAUUAAGAAACAAGCGCAGAGCCCAGCCCAGGGUGAAUGUCUACGCGCCAUAUUUUCCGCGUUAUUGUGGCAUGAAGGGACCGUCCAUGAUGCCAUAGCGUGUGCAGCUUUUCUUAAAUUCCAUCCUCAAUUACCAAAGGCUGGUGCGACAGUAGUGACACGGGCUGUCGCACAAGACUCCCUUUUGCCCAAACAUCAGCGCCAUUCUGUUGAAGUUUCCAAUGCAGGCCAGUACCUUCGAAUAAACCCAUCGACGCUAGAAACCUUGACCCGUUCAGGCACCGAGGCAAGCUCUAGUCGAGCUCGACGAAGCGACAUUAACGUAACAAUACGCGAAGAAGAUUCCCAUUCUAACACAUUUGAAGCUGGUCCGUCUUCCGCGUCAACCUCCACAUCAGUGGUAAAUGUUCUUCCUCCGGCAUUGCGGGCUCUUGUUGCUUUGUGGGAUUCACUUUGCGACGCCGACCAACUAAAUGCCGCUACCGACAAACUUAAAAAGGAAGAAACGAAUGAUAACGAUGAAAUAAGACCACUUGGGGGUGCCUUACGUAAGAAAAAUUGGAAGCACACACCAUCAAUGAAGUUACCGUAUAUGAUCCGCUGUGAACUAUGCGGUGGAGCGAAUGUUUCGCCGCCAUUGGCUUCACACAUGCGCAACACACAUCCCGGGUGUCGGGCACCGACCAACCGCGGCUACGACCGAGCUGGUACUUAUAAACACGCCGAUCCAAUACCAUCUACUGCUGACAGCCCAGCGUCUGCCUGUGGACAACUUGCUCAAGACCUUAUCGGUGUGAAAAUACGCGCUACCUUAGCAGCGUACCAACUCUGGUACUUGUACUGCGAGAAAUGUCGAGAAAAGGCGCUCAAAGCUUCGAGUGUUAAGCCGAAGAAGACCGCAAUGAUUUCGGACACACCUGAGAGACCGGAGCUUGAGAUUGACCACAACACUAUGAAAGACAAUGCAAUCUUUCUUCUGGAUUUGACUCCUCUUAAUACAUCCGAAGCGCCUAAUGCAUCGCCUUGGCAAGACGUCUCUUGCCGAAGUCCGCCAACUCCACCGGGAAGCUUAUGGCAACCAGCGCCCCCCUUUCAAUGUCUACCAGCCUUAGGCGUUGCCCCGAAAACAAGUGCUGCUGAUGCAGCACGAUACCACUCACUUGGGAGACCUAUGCCCGUAACAAAUGUGAAUAACCCCUUCGUUCCAAACGAAAUGUCAAGCUCCCAGUAUCCAAGGGUACAUCGAUCUGUUUCGAUGGGACAGGCUGGCGGAAGGGAUUUGGCGUCUGCCGCAAGACCGCCACUUACUAAAUUUGAGCCAGACUCCCAUGAGGCACUUUCUGGUGCUGGUUCCUCGCUCCUGUCUCAGCCAAGUGCAGCCCUUCAGAAACUUGUUGGUUGCGAUUGGACUUCAGAAGGUGGGGGAGUCUCCGCUUUUACAACUCCGCGAGUCGAACCUGAAAAUUUGAUGAGAAAUCCCGUCCUUACAUUUAUCGUCGCUAAACGAGAUCUGCAAACCCAUAAGCAGAAACUGGACGCCAUUGUUCGUAUAAAUACGGUUCGACAAUAUGCGUUUGAGGCCCUAAACUGGUUCCUGCGUUCGACGACUCAGCCGACAUGUGUCCAUGAUGUUAUGUGGUGGUUCUGCAACGCACUCGACACAUACGCUCGAAUUGUUCAACCACCUGACACUAAUGAGGAAAACAAAGAGAACGUCUUAAACAACGAUGCCAGCCGUAGUAUAAUCCCAAGUGCUGCGACAUCUGCUCUAUGCCCCGGAGGCAGAGCGGCACGUGGGGCUCGUGCGGCUUUCCACGCCUUCCUGGGUUCCAUCAGCGCCCUCGCCCCAUCCUUACCACCAGCCACUGCUGCCAACCUUCAGGCGGUUCGCUGCUGGGAACUGCACUAUUCACAGCAUGAUCGGGCUUUCUUGCACAGAUCGCAAGUGUUUAGUGUUAUAAGCAAGAUCUUGUCGCAUACUGAGGACGGGGCCUAUGAGGAUGGCAUUUUGGGAGCACUACACGAAAGCUAUCAGAGCUUUAUCAAUAAGCAACAAAAUUAUGUAUGGAGCUGUCCAGACGUAACCGGUUGGUGUACCAUAACGGUCUCUUCGCGACAAGGCAUGGCUGGUGCCUUAACAGAUAACACCACUGAGACGUUUUGGGAAUCGGGUGAUGAAGACAAGAACAAAACCAGGUGGAUUCAAAUUGCAUACAGCGGAGGAUCAGCUGAAGAUCGCCCACAUAUCGUCUGCGUACAUAUUGAUAAUACAAGGGAUACUGCGACAAAGACGCAAAUGAUAACGUUUUGGUACAGCGGUGGAGCAUCAGAGUUACUGCAGAUGAUGGAUGUUGAUGUCGAUACGAAAAAUGCUCAUUGGGUGUGCUACAUAUUGCCUAGAUCCUCAAGCUUAUCAGCGCGUGUACGUUGUGAAUUACGGGGGCCUGACCCUGCCGUACGUGUACGUCAAGUGCGCGUACUUAGCGGGCCACAGCCCCACGGCACGCUCUCACUACAAAACCAUCCGUUACACUCAUUGACUGAAAAAGAUACGCUCCGUGUCUUCAGAUUAUUGACAUCACAAGUAUUUGGUAAGCUCCUGGAGUGGGAACAAACUGGCAGUGAUUCUGAGGGUGUGGUUGCUGGUGAGAGCACUGGUGACGACAGCGAUCUACGCGAACAUGUUGUUGGGAUAUUGUUUGCCGGCCACAAGCUUACCACCUUACAAAAACAAGUGAUGUCUCAUAUAGUUUGUGCCAUUGGUUGUGAGGCGUCCCGCGUUCGUGAUGAUUGGGAAACGGCCCUUUUAUGCGCUGAAGCAGUGGACAGGACUGAUGAAGAGGCGCAACCGAGAAUGGCACACCAGCAGGACAACUAUUGCUUUGAAAUGCUGUCAUUGCUUUUAGCGCUAAGUGGAAGCGUGGCCGGGCGUUCUCAUCUUGCCCAAAGAACUGAACUUUUGGCUGAUUUAUUAGCAUUGCUGCAUACUGGCAGCGAACGCGUGCAACGACAGGUCAUAUCUUUAUUACGACGAAUGAUUACUGAAAUACCGCCGCAGAAGAUGUUAGCUGCCCUCAACUAUGGGUCAGACUUAGGCGCAAGAUAUGAGACUAUGGUAACACUGCUAGAUCAUCUAGUGUGCUAUGUGGGCAAAGCGGUAACUGUCCAAGUGAAAGUCAAAGGUGCGAGUGGUGCCAAUUCAAACACGGUAACAAUGGGGGGAUCUGUUACGCCUGCACCACCAGCUACUUGGUUUAUGAGGGGCGAAACAACGAGGAACCACGCCCAAAUUGUUGCCAGACUACUCGUCGAUAUGGCUGAAGAUAAGAUAUCUCCAGCAUGGGGAACAGCGACUCGUAUGGCAUUAGCCGAGUACAUACGGGCAAUUGCAAAUGUGGACGAAGGGGAAAGACGACCUCAAAGAUGCAUUGCCCAACCCACAGUUUGGCUUGCUUUAGCGGCGUUAUGCGUUUGUGAACAAGAACAUAUUGAAUUAAUAAAUAACUCAGGUCGUGAUUCUCGUAAUCGGGACUCCAUAGCGGACUCUCGCCAGUUCUGCGCCAACCACGACGACGGGAUAACAUCUGCUGUUAUAGAAUGCCGCACUUGUGGUACAUUAUGUGCCGAGUGUGACCGAUUUCUUCAUCUCAAUAGAACCGCGAGGACUCAUCAAAGACAGAUUUGCAAAGAAGAAGAGAGUGCCAUCCGUGUUGACAUUCAUGAAGGCUGUGGCAGAGCAAAACUCUUCUGGCUUUUGUUGCUCGUUGAUCGACGUACUCUUAAAGGACUCGCAGAAUUUCGUGGAAUGAGCUGCGAGACAGGUGAAGAACCAACAAAUGCAACUGGUCUAGCCGGUGUCUGCCGCUUUUGCGGUACACGUGGCAACUCUGGCCUGCUUGCUAUUGGCAAUGUAUGCGCAGACCAACAGUGCCAGGAACAUGGCCGUGAAGCGUGCGCCCGUAUACUUACCUGCGGUCACCUUUGCGGUGGCGUACGCGGGGAACGUACAUGCCUGCCUUGUCUCUUUGGAUGCGCCGGCGCAGGCACGUUGCGCCAGGACGCUGAUGAUAUGUGCAUGAUCUGUUUUACUGAUCCGUUACAAGCUGCUCCCGCGAUACAGUUAUCAUGCGGGCAUGUUUUCCACUUACAUUGCUGCAGGAAGGUGCUCUUGAACAAAUGGAAUGGGCCGCGGAUUACAUUCUCUUUCUCGAAAUGUCCCAUCUGCAAGGAGGACAUCUCACAUUGGACCCUCGAAGAGCAACUAGCUCCCAUUAAAAAGUUGCGUGAAGAAGUUCGCCGCAAAGCCUUGAUGAGAUUGGAGUAUGAAGGCUUGUCUGCUGGUACCUCGAAGGGCAAAACCGUCGGAGACACUGCUGGCUAUGCUAUGGACAGAUAUGCGUACUAUGUCUGUCAUAAGUGUGGAAAGGCUUACUUUGGCGGGUUGGCCCGUUGUGAAGCUGAAUCGAAUGCGUCAUGGGACCCCAAAGAGCUGGUGUGUGGCGCCUGCAGUGACGUAGCAGGAGCACGGACUUGCCCCAAACAUGGCUCUGACUUCCUCGAAUACAAGUGUCGGUACUGCUGCUCGGUGGCAGUGUUCUUCUGCUUUGGCACAUCUCAUUUUUGUAACGCGUGCCACGACGACUUCCAACGUGUCACCAAUAUACCUCGCCAUGUACUGCCCCAGUGUCCAGCAGGGCCAAAAUGCGAGCAACUACCAGGAACUACCGAAGAAUGCCCUCUGCACGUUCUGCACCCUCCCACGGGAGAGGAAUUUGCUCUCGGCUGUGGAGUGUGUCGCAAUGCACAUGCCUUCUAAACUACGUUGUCAACACAUCACAAAUAUACUAUGGUUGAUACUGAAUUUAUUGUUACGGCUAAUUCUGUAACUUUAAAAUGGAAAGAGAAUCAUUUUUCUUAAGGGCGUUUAUGCGCUCAAAAUCAAUACGAAUUGAUUUUAUUGGUUUAAUGACAAAUUUAGUUUUUUGUUGAUAUUAAAUCAUUUUAUGAUUUCUAAUUCGCUAUGAAUUAUCAUGUUAUUUUUAAGAAUAUUUAAGCUAUUGACUAAUUUCAUUCUACUAUUGACUGGUAAUCCAUCCAUUUUUUUUAAACGUCUAUCUGUAAUAUCAAUUUAUAAUUUUUUUCAUAUACUAACUUUGAUAUGAGUAGAAACAAAAAUGUAUAAUUUCUUUUAAAGGAAGAGGCACUAUACGAAUAAAACAUUAUGUCCAAUUAUAUUAAUAUUAAUUAUUCUUACUGUAAUACAGUAAGACCCAUUUAUAACCACAGGUCAAAGUAUCCUAAGCGGGAGACGAAUUGUAACAGAUUAUGUGGGGAAUAGUAUUAAAUGGCUUUUAUUGUAUUUAUCUAAGCUAAGUAUACAAUUAAGGAAAAUAUAGGGUAUAAACAUUAAAUGACAUAAUUAAACCAUAUUAAUUGCUUAAAAACCAAUUCUGUUACUACUACUAAAGCAAGAUUGUUUCAGUAUUACUUUGAAGACUCGCGAAUUGUAAUGAUGUCUCUUAUGUAUUAAGGUAAAUUUUAUGAUGCACAAAAAUUUAACUUAAUAUGUCAGUCUUGAUUUGACUGUAACCCCAUGAUUGCGUAAGAAUUCUAAUAAAAUAGCAAUAUGGGCGAUUAAAUCGAAACAUUAAAAAUUACCCCAUAAAACAUACCAGCAGUAACGAUUUUGAGUUAUUGUUCGUCUGUCAAAUUUUAAACAAAUUAGCAAAUUUCGGAUAUUUUUAAAAACAAUGUAUUCAUAAAGAAUAUUUUUAUAAAAAACCUGGCUCCCUUCCGUUUUUAGAUAGAAUGAUAAAAAAUAUAAGUCAUAUGAGCUUAACUUACGAUGCUAAUCGAUCGAAAUCAUACGAAAAGGGUUUUAAUUAUUAAUUUAGUAAAUUGUUUGCUUCGGCAGAACACGACUUAAAUUUAUUGAGCGCGCUUGGACAUUGACUAUUAAAUUCACGAUUUUCGCUAUAUUUUUGUCCUAUAUUUAGAAAUGUAAUUAUUGAAGUUACUUAUAUCAUUUCUUAUAAUAUAUUAAUAAUGAAACGCGUACGAUGUUACUAACAAGUGCUAAAAUACUUAACCCUUAAUGAUAUUCUAGCACAUGAAUUUUAAGAAAACUAUACAAUUUUAAUAGAAUCUGUAAUUCUUGGUAACGUUUUCGCAACAAUUAAGUGUUUUUUUUUUAUUAUUUCAA